CGCGUCCGCCGCUGUGCUCGGCAGCGCUGCUGGUCAGAGGCAGGAGCUAGCCGGGGCGCCGAGGGAGGCCGGGGCGGAGGGGCGCCUUCGUGGAGUGAGCCUGGAGCCUGCGGUUCGGAGCCGCGGCGGCCUCGGAACACUGACAUUUACAUUCAAUGGGGAACAAAAGAUGAAGAAGGAGAAGCAAUAUAUUCACUAAGGAUUAUAUCUGCUUGCUGCUUCAGACCUGUGUGUUAAGGAAUUCUUCUGCUUCUUGCUUAGGAGUUGAUCAGCUCUGUGGUCAGACUACAUUGGAAUUUGCCUGCCUUUUAUUUUGUCAUUGCUGGGAGAAAUCCUGGUUGGAAUGUAACAGUACAUCUCAGUCUAAUUACUAUGGAAGGUGAUAAACUGACAGUCACUUAUUAAAAUAAGUUAUAUAUCAGUCACCCACAGAAAACCAUUCUUGAAAGUGAAAAGAAACCAAGCCCUUGUGAAUACUUCUAUUGAACAUGACUCAUGGAGAAGAGCUUGGCUCUGAUGUGCACCAGGAUUCUGUUGUUUUAACUUACCUAGAAGGAUUACUAAUGCAUCAGGCAGCAGAGGGAUCAGGUACCGCCAUUGACAAAAAGUCUGCUGGGCGUAAUGAAGAAGAUCAGAACUUUAACAUUUCUAGUAAUACAUUUCCCACCUGUCAAAGUAAUGGUCCAGUUCUCAGUACACAUACAUAUCAGGGAUCUGGCAUGCUUCAUCUUAAAAAAGCCAGACUAUUGCAGUCUUCUGAAGACUGGAAUGCAGCGAAGCGGAAGAGGCUGUCUGAUUCCAUCGUGCAUUUAAAUGCAAAGAAGGAAGCUUUGCUGGCUGGCAUGGUUGACAGUGUGCCUAAAGGCAAACAGGAUAGCACAUUGCUGGCCUCUCUGCUUCAGUCAUUCAGCUCUAGGCUACAGACUGUUGCUCUGUCACAACAAAUUAGGCAGAGCCUCAAGGAACAAGGAUAUGCCCUCAGUCAUGAUUCUUUAAAAGUGGAGAAAGAUUUAAGGUGCUAUGGUGUUGCAUCAAGUCACUUAAAAACUUUGCUGAAAAAAAGUAAAGCUAAAGAGCAGAAGCCUGAUACCAAUCUUCCUGAUGUAACUAAAAACCUAAUCAGAGAUCAGUUUGUAGAAUCACCUCAUCAUGUUGGACAAAGUGGAACAAAAGUCAUGAGUGAACCCUUGUCAUGUGCUGCAAGAUUACAGGCUGUUGCAAGCAUGGUGGAGAAAAGGGCUAGUCCUGCCACCUCACCCAAGCCUAGUGUUGCUUGUAGCCAAUUAGCAUUACUCCUUUCUAGCGAAGCCCAUUUACAGCAGUAUUCUCGGGAACAUGCUUUAAAAACACAAAAUGCAAAUCAGGCAGCAAGUGAAAGACUCGCUGCUAUGGCUAGAUUACAAGAAAAUGGCCAGAAGGAUGUUGGCAGUUUCCAGCUCCCAAAAGGAAUGUCAAGCCAUCUUAAUGGUCAGGCAAGAACAUCAAGCAAACUAAUGGCUAGCAAAAGUACAGCAUUUCAAAGUCCAACAAGUAUUGUUCCUUCUUCCCAAAAAAAUUCAGGGUAUAAGAACUCACUGGAAAGAAACAAUAUAAAACAAGCUGCUAAUAAUAGUUUGCUUUUACAUCUUCUUAAAAGUCAGACCACACCUAAGCCAAUGAACGGACACAGUCAUAGUGAGAGAGGAAGCAUUUUUGAGGAUAGUAGUACACCUACAACUAUUGAUGAAUACUCAGAUAACAAUCCUAGUUUUACAGAUGAUAGCAGUGGUGAUGAAAGUUCUUAUUCCAACUGUGUUCCCAUAGACUUGUCUUGCAAACACCGAAUCGAAAAACCAGAACCUGACCAGCCUGUUUCUCUGGAUAACUUAACUCAGUCCUUGCUAAACACUUGGGAUCCAAAAGUCCCCGAUGUAGAUAUCAAAGAAGAUCAUGAUACCUCAAAGAAUUCUAAGCUAAAUUCACACCAGAAAGUAACACUUCUUCAAUUGCUACUUGGCCAUAAGAAUGAAGAAAAUGUAGAAAGAAACAACAGUCCUCAGGAAGUAUACAGUGAUGUGACAAAGUUCAGUACACAGAAUUACACGAGGACUUCUGUGAUAGAAAGCCCCAGUACAGAUAGGACUCCUCCAGUGAGCACUCCACCAGUACUUGCAUCUACCAAAGCAGAGUCUCCCAUCAAUCUUUCCCAGCACUCUCUGGUCAUCAGAUGGAAUUCCCCACCAUAUGCCUCUGGCUCUCAGUCCGAAAAGCCAACAAACACUGCAUCCAACCACUUGAUGGACCUUACAAAAAGCAAAGAAUCACAAGGAGAGAAACUAGUCCAGAAUGAAGGUGCACAAAGCUCUGCAACUUUCAGUGCCAGUAAACUGUUACAAAAUUUAGCUCAAUGUGGAAUGCAGUCUUCCACAGCAGGGGAAGAGCAGAGACCCACUAAACAGUUGCUGAAUAUAAACCCAGAUAAACCUAUAGGUAUGAUUGAUAGAUUAAAUAGCCCUCUGGUCUCAAAUAAACCAAAUGCUGCAGAAGAAAGUAAAACAUUCAGUAGUCAAGCAACAGGUCCUGAAUCAGGACUUUCCGGUUCUGCAAUAGAAAACCUGCUUGAAAGGCGCACUGUCCUUCAGUUGCUCCUGGGAAACCCCAACAAAGGGAAAAGUGAAAAGAAAGAGAAAAUUCCUUUGAAAGAUGAAAGUACUCAGGAACAUCCAGAUAGAGCUUUAAGUGAACAAAUACUGAUGGUAAAAAUAAAAUCUGAGCCUUGUGAUGACUUACAUAUUCAUAACACAAAUGUGCACAUGAGCCAUGAUGCUAAGGGCGCCCCAUUCUUAGGUAUGGCUCCUCCCGUGCAGAGAAGCACAGCAGCCUUACCAGUGUCUGAAGACUUUACAUCGGAGCCUGUUUCGCCUCAGGAUUUUUCCUUCUCAAAGAAUGGUCUGUUAAGUCGAUUGCUGAGACAAAACCAAGAGAGUUAUUUGGCAGAUGAUCUGGACAACAGGCACAGAAGAAAUAGGGAACUGACACUUCUAGAAUCAAAGAAUCUUUGCAUGGUUCCUAAGAAAAGGAAGCUUUAUACUGAGCCGUUAGAAAAUCCAUUUAAAAAGAUGAAAGAUAACAUAGUCGAUGCUGCAACCAGUCACAGUUCUCCGGAGAUACUGUAUGGGUCCUUGAUUAACCAGCAGGAGUUGAAAUUUGGCAGAAAUGAUCUUGAAUUUAAAUAUCCUGCCAGUCAUGGUUCAGGCAGUGAAAGUGAACAUAGGGGUUGGUCCAGAGAGAGCAAAAGCUUCAAUGUUCUGAAACAGCUGCUUCUCUCAGAAAACUGUGUGAGAGAUCUGUCCCAACACAGGAGUAACUCUGUUGUUGAGAGUAAAAAGAAAGGACACAAAAAUAAUGUGACCAAUAGCAAACCUGAAUUCAGCAUUUCUUCUUUAAAUGGACUGAUGUACAGUUCCACUCAGCCAAACAGUUGCAUGGAUAAUAGGACAUUUUCAUACCCAGGAGUACUAAAAACUCCCAUGAGUCCUCCUUUUCCUGAGCACUUGGGCUGUGUGGCGUCUAGGCCAGAAUCUGGGCUUUUGGAUGGGUGUUCCAUGCCCAGUGAGCAGGGACCCAUUAAAUGGGUUAUUACAGAUGUGGAUAAGAAUGAGUAUGAGAAAGACUCUCCAAGACUGACCAAAACUAACCCAAUUCUGUAUUACAUGCUCCAAAAAGGAGGCAGUUCUGUUACCAGUCGAGAAACACAGGACAAGGACAUUUGGAGGGAGCCUUCAUCUGCUGAAAGGGUUUCACAGGUUACAGUCAAAGAAGAGUUACUUCCUACUGCAGAAACUAAAGCUUCUUUCUUUAAUUUAAGAAGCCCUUAUAAUAGCCAUAUGGGAAGUAAUGCCUCUUACCCACAUAGCGCAAAUGGGGAAGUUUAUGGACUUCUGGGAAAUGUGCUAACAAUAAAAAAAGAAUCAGAAUAAAAUGUACCUACCAUCCAGCUUUGGAUCUUUUAAAAACUAAUUAGUAUGAACUUGAGAUCUGUAUAAGAGCAUGAUUUGAGAAAAGCAUGGUAUAAUUGAAACUUUUUCAUUUUGAAAAGUAUUGGUUACUGGCGAUGUUUAAAUAUGCAUACUACUUUUUGCUUUAUGUUAGAUGUCAUGAGGAAACUAUUGAACUUGCGAUUGGUUCUUUUAACACUUCUGUAUGCAGAGCAGCCUAUGAAUGAAAUUCUUAUAUAAAAUAAGAAAUAAUAGGCAUAAAUUAAAAUGGAAAUCUCCAUCUUGUGGAUUAAUGCAUUUUGCUGCCUUUAUUACUUUAUUUUGCCUUACAGAAGUCAGCCUGUGUAACACAUUUUUUAAAGUCCAGAUUGUUAAAUAACUCUUUAAAGAAUAAUUAUUGAAUUAAAAAAACCUAGUGUUAAUUCACUUCUCAUUAUUAUCUAAUUUAAAAAUUUAUUCAAAAAAAUAUGCUUACAUUUUUCACUUUUGCUAAAAAGCGUAUUUAUUUUUAACUCUUGGAAGGGGUUUUGUGGUUCCCAAUAUAUCUGCCCCACCAAAGUCCUUUUCAAUAUAUAUUUCUUUAAACCUUGUACUACCAUGUAAAAAAUUGAUUACAACUGAUGGAAAUUUGAUAGGCCCUAAAAAAAAAAGGCAGAUUUCCACUUUUGUAUUUUAACUACUUUACUAAAUUAAUAUUCCUCCUUUUGCAAAAUAAGGAAAGUUAACAUUUAUCUUCAGGUAGUUCCCUGAAUAGCUGAAUAUUUAAGAAAUUUUUUUUAAAGUAACAAGCAAAAUGGCUUUUCUUUGGACAGUUUUCACCAUCUCUUGUAAGUUACUUCUCACCAUGUGUGUGGUACCUGUGAGUUUUAUGACCAUAAUUUCUUAAAGUUGAACUCAGACUACCUGCAUUACAAUCAUCUAGAGCGCUUGUUUUAAAAUGCGGAUUUCUAGGCAACAUCUCAUCUACAGAACAAGAAUGUUUCCUAAGUGGACCUGUGAAUCUUCCAUUUGUGUCUUAACACACUCCCUGGGUAUUUCUGUUCACUAAAGUUUGAAAAACAUUGAUUUUGACUUUUCUCAGAACACAGUAUUGUAAAAAAAAAAAAAAAAAAAAAAAAUUGAUACCUGUAUUUUCCCCAAUAUGGUCACACAUCAACUCAAAAUUUGCAAUAUUGUAGUUCACAUAUAACCAUUAGAUCUUUGGAAAUAGGGUUCAGAAUACUUUUAUGACAAAAAAAUUGGGUGGAGGGGACAGCUUUCAUAUCUGGCUCAACAUCUCAGGAAAAUCUGUGAUUAGUGUUCUAAUGAUUACCAUCUAUGUAAUUAGCCUUAGGGAUAGAAUAACAGGGCCACUUACAAACUCAGGUGAUUCCAGGAUGAUUUGGAAACUUCUCCUGAAUACAUCCUUCAUUUCCAUUAAAAUCAUUGUCCUAAGAACAAUGCUGACAAAGAUGAAAGAAAGUAUUUUAUAGUUUCAAACCCAAGAAAGGCACUAAACUCAGAUCGACAGAACAAAAAAAUACAUAGGACACAUACACAAGACAGAUUUGUACUCUAUAUUGGAUCUAUUAUUUUAAAAUAACGACUAAAAUAUUGAUGUUGUCUUGAAAGAACUGGAUAUAUUAUUGAGCCACAUGAGUUUUCAGUUUUGAAACAAGUCCAUGUUUUGAAAUUCAGUUUUUAUAAUCCAUGGUUCAUUCACCAGAUAAUAUUUUUGUUUUUAACUGUGUACCAGAUAAGCAACUGACCUAUCAAAAAAUUGUUGUAUAAUCAACUAUCAAUUAGAAAGAAAUCUAUUUGAAGUUGUUUCUAAGAUUUUUAUAUUGAAAAUGGGUGGUAUUUCCUAAUAUUUAGAACCUUGAAUGAUUAUUUUUUCUCAAGAUGGUUUGUAAAUAGUUACUGGACAUAUCAUAAAAUAGGAGUGAAUAUUACACUACAUCAUGGAGAGAUGAAGGCAUAUGCUUAUUCUGAAAUGAAAAUUCCACUGGCCAGUGAAUAUAUUCUACUCCAUCCCAUAUUUACUCUGUUGACAAUCAUACGGUCUACACUAUAUAAGAAGCUUUUAAGCGAGUCAUUUUUUCCUGCCAUUGUGAAAGGUCUGGAGCAUUAGAGGCAUGCUAGAGAAAAUGUUGGUGUUCCCCCUUGAUUAGAGGAAAAUGGGUUUUUACAAGGGGAUGAAAUUUAGGUCAGGAAAGAACAAGGGCCACCAUUGUUGUUUGUUCCAUUGGUUGGUCGGUUAGUUUUGUUGUUAGUUACAAGAAUGAGGAUAUGUGAUAAGUAAAUAAACAUGACUACAGAUUGAUGUCUGAUUUACUAGAGAUUGUCCCCAAUUUGUUUAGAAUAAUUUUUAAAGAGCACUGAGAAAGGGCAUACAUCCAUAAAUUCACUUUGUUUAUGCAUAUGUAUAUACAAGGAUGCACAUAGAUGCAUUUUCAAGGACUAUUUUAUAUAUCUAGACAAUUUCUUCCUAUGAAGUCAUUUGUGAAAGGGUACUACAACAAUCACUGACAUCGGUAAGGUAGCAUUACCCAUUUACUCUGCUGCAUCUUACAGAAGAGUAAACUGGUGAGACUAUAUAUUUUAUAUAUAUAUAUAUAUAUACACACAUAUAUAUAUAUAUAAUAUGUAUAUAUAUAUAUAUUGACUUGUUACAUGAAGAGGUUAAAAUUGGUUUUUAAAGGUGAUGUAAAUAGUGAUUUCCUUAAUGAAAAGUACAUAUUUUGUAUUGUUCUAACACAACAGAAGAGCCUUUUAAUCUCUGGUGUCUGUAUAUUCCAUGUAUUAAGUGUAAAUAUAAUCAAGACAGGUUUAAAAAUCAUGCAUGUAUGUAUACAGUUGCAAGUCUGGACAAAUGUAUAAAUUAAACUUUUUAUUUAAGUUGUGAUUACCUGCUGCAUGAAAAGUGCAUGGGGGACCCUGUGCAUCUGUGCAUUUGGCAAAAUGUCUUAACAAGUCAGAUCAGAUGUUCAUCCCAUCAUGACAGUAUUCCAUUUCUGGACAUGACUUCUGUGGUUUAAGCUUUGUGAAAGAAUGUGCUUCAAAUCCAAGGGUCUUAAGACUUUUUAAAAUAAAGUCAGCCACUUUUCAACAUAAAGAGUUCACACAGCUACUCUCAUGAAUUUUUAAAUCUUAUUGGAAAUGUAAUAUACCACAAGUAUUCCAGUAUACAUACUGGCAUUCAGGCACAUCACCAUUCAUGGUAUGAAUUCUAGGGUUUACACAACCAAUUUUGAUGAGAUCUCAGUAACAUAACUUGUCAUUUUUAUUAGAAAUUUAAUUUCUUCAUGUGAUGUCAUGAAUCUGUACAUACUGCAGUGUGAGUUUUUUCUUUUUUUAAUCUUUUAGUGUUUACUUCCUGCAGUGAAUUUGAAUAAAUGAGAAAAAAUGCA